UCUCGUGUACACACGUGUGAUUGCAGUGCGGCACUAUUGUGGUUAGGAGCUCACUGAAGUGUGUUGCUCGCGUGAUACUUUGUUUUGCGUGAAAUUUCGUUCAUGAUACGUGAAAAAUGAGUGCUUCGUGGCGUGAAAUUGAUUUAUAUCCAACGGAUUUGCAGUUUUCUGUGUUCACUUCGGAGGAUGUGAAAAAGUUGAGUGUUUUGAAAGUCAUUACCGGGCUAACUUUCGACAGCCUGGGUAGAGCCUUACCUGGCGGAUUAUAUGAUCCUGUGAUGGGGGCUCAUGGCAAGUCAAUGGAACCCUGUCAGACUUGCUUCUCCAUAUCAUACUGCCCAGGUCACUUUGGACAUAUCGAACUCAAUGCGUUAGUGUAUAAUCCAUUUUUCGUCAAACUCAUCCACGACAUCUUGAAGAUUUCUUGUUUGGAUUGCCACCGACUGCAAUUUAAAGAUCAUUUUCAGCAAAUUCUUUCGACUCAACUAGACCUGGUGGACGCUGGACAUAUUACGGAGGCACAAGAAUUAGAAGUGUUCAAGUCGGAAGUGGUUUUUGGCAGUCAGGAAAGUAGUCAACAAGUAGAAAAUGUGGAUACACUUCAUCCGAAAAUACAGGAAAUGCGGAAGCUGUUGGAAGAAGGAUCCGCAUCGGUGCAGAAAACCAAAACCAACUGCGCAAUUCGUUCAGCUAUAGUGAAUUCGGCUUUACAAAGGAAACCUGGUCAGAAAUGCCUAUAUUGUCAAAAUGUGUUGAAGAAGGUCCGUUAUUCCUUUAAGAAACUCGUCAUUUCCAUAACGAAAGGAGAAAGGCAGGCCUUGAAGGAACAGAACAUGAUUCAAGCAGACAACAAUGUUUCAAAUAAAGUUAUCUUGGCAGAUGAAUGUCGCGAAUAUUUACGGCAGAUCUAUUCAAAUGCACCUGAACUAUUGAGGAAACUGUUCCCGGUUCUCAACAGUUAUCCGGAAAACGUAAAGUUCCCGAUGGAUUGUUUUUUUAUGGAUGUGGUCAUAGUAACGCCACCAAAAGCUCGACCAACGAACGUGUUGCGUGACGAAAUUUUGGAGCAUCCUCAAACGAUUUUAUAUAAAAAUAUAAUUGAAUCGAAUUCAGUUUUGCGUCUGGUUUUGUUGAAUUUGAAAAAUACGGCUGAAAAUCUGAAACCUGAAUCUAAGGCUCUGUAUGAAUCUGCACGUGGAUCAACCCCCUAUGAGAAAAUGUAUUAUGCAUGGCAGGAUCUUCAAGUAAACAUUGAUCAACUGUUAGAUGUUAGUGGUACAAGAGACAAAUUACGAGCGCAAGGACUGAAACAGCUACUCGAGAAAAAAGAAGGUUUAAUUCGUAAACAUAUGAUGGGUAAACGUGUAAACUUCGCAGCGCGAACAGUUAUUACUCCCGAUCCAAAUAUAAAUGUUGAAGAAGUAGGUGUUCCUGAUCUCUUUGCCAAGAAACUUUCCUACCCUGUACCGGUUACAUCGUGGAAUAUAUCCCAGCUUCGUAAAAUGGUGAUUAAUGGGCCAAACAUACAUCCUGGAGCUAAUUAUAUCGAAGAUGAAAAAGGUCAUAAAAUGGUUAUUCCUGCCGAUAACGCCAGCAAACGUGAAAGUAUGGCAAAAUUACUUUUGACAAAACCAGAGAAUGGUGUUAAAACUGUUCAUCGCCACUUAUUGAAUGGAGACAUUUUGCUAUUCAAUCGUCAGCCAAGCCUUCAUAAACCCAGUAUCAUGGCACAUAAGGCGAGAAUUCUUCAGGGGGAGAAGACAUUCCGCUUGCAUUAUUCGAAUUGCAAAGCUUAUAACGCUGAUUUCGAUGGUGAUGAAAUGAACGCACAUUUUCCUCAAAGUGAAGUGGCACGAAGUGAAGCUUAUAACAUAGUAAAUGUACCAAACCAAUACUUGGUCCCGAAAGACGGCACCCCAUUAGGCGGUCUUAUUCAAGAUCAUGUUAUAUCUGGUGUGAAACUUUCAAUUAGAGGGAGAUUUUUCAACAGAGAAGAUUAUCAUCAACUUGUCUAUCAAGGACUUUCUCAUUUGAAAGGAAACAUUAAAUUAUUGCCACCGACCAUACUGAAACCGUUCAGAUUAUGGUCUGGAAAACAAGUCAUAUCAACAAUAAUAAUGAACAUUAUCCCAGAUGGCAAUCCUGCGAUCAAUUUAACUUCCAAUGCAAAAAUAGGUGCAAAAAUUUGGCAAACAGAAAACAGUCAUACAACAAUUUAUGGCGGUACUCCUCUGCAAGGCAAUGACAUGACUGAAUCAGAGGUGAGGAUUCGCAAAGGGGAGCUACUUGUUGGCGUAUUGGACAAACAACAGUAUGGAGCAACGCCCUAUGGUCUUAUACACUGCAUGUAUGAGCUAUACGGCGGCGAUUGCUCCACGCGCUUAUUGACGUCAUUCACAAAACUUUUUACGUAUUUUCUACAACGCGAAGGAUUCACGCUUGGUGUGCACGAUAUUCUGAUAACAGCUGAGGCAGAUGAAAGUCGUCGAAAAAUUAUCAAGGAAUGUCGCCAAGUGGGAAACUCUAUUGCUGCAGAAGCGCUAGAUCUCGAUCCAGAUAUUUCACCCGAGAUUCUUGCUGAAAAGAUGAAUGAAGCAUACAAGGAGAAUCCAAGAUUUCGCGUGUUAUUAGAUAGGAAAUAUAAGUCCGUUCUAGAUAACUACACGAAUAACAUAAACAAAACUUGCUUACCUGCAGGGUUAACGUGUAAAUUCCCUGAAAAUAAUUUACAACUGAUGGUGUUAUCUGGUGCUAAAGGGUCGAUGGUUAAUACAAUGCAAAUUUCUUGUUUACUCGGUCAAAUAGAAUUGGAAGGAAAGCGUCCACCGCUCAUGAUUUCGGGAAAAUCGUUACCAAGCUUCCCGAAAUUCGAAACGUCUCCUCGAUCAGGUGGUUUCAUAGAUGGACGUUUCAUGACAGGAAUCCAGCCUCAAGAAUUUUUCUUCCAUUGUAUGGCAGGACGUGAAGGUCUUAUCGAUACUGCUGUAAAAACAAGUAGAUCUGGUUACCUACAGCGCUGCUUAAUCAAGCAUUUGGAAGGUCUUAGUGUCGGAUAUGAUCUUACAGUUCGGGACAGUGAUAACUGUGUAGUGCAGUUUCUCUACGGUGAAGAUGGGUUGGAUGUAUGUAAAUCACAAUUUCUCAACAUGAAAAAUAUGAAAUUUUUGGACGAGAAUCUUGAUGUGAUUAAACAUGCGACUAGCGAGGACGACAAGGAGAUUGAUCAAAAGUUGCGGAAGUAUCAUAAAAAGUUAAGAUCUUGGCGAAAAAAGAAUCGUGAUAUUGCAAAUAAGCAGAGGAUUUCCAGUUUCCAGCAAUUUUCUGCUGAACUUCGUACAGAGAUCGAGGUGGAAAAUCCUCGAAAGUUAAAUAGGAAGACUGGUCGACUAAAGAUUGAUGAGAAGAUUAUUGCAUUAUGGAAAAAAGCUGAUGUCGAACAGAAAGAAAGUUAUUCGAAAAGAUAUAGUAAAUGUCCCGAUCCCUGUAAUUCUAAAUUUAAACCGGAUUCAUUUUACGGAGCGGUAUCAGAAUACUUAGAGAAUCUAAUGGAAAAUUAUACAGUGAAAGAACCUACCCGUAAAGAUGAAAUUAGAGAUAUAUUAUAUACGAAAGGCAUACGGUCAAUAGCAGCACCUGGGGAGCCAGUUGGAUCCCUAGCAGCGCAAUCAAUCGGAGAACCUUCCACUCAAAUGACACUCAACACUUUCCAUUUUGCUGGGAGAGGCGAAAUGAACGUUACUUUGGGUAUUCCACGUCUCAGGGAAAUCCUAAUGUUAGCUUCUGUGAAUAUAAAAACUCCAUCAAUGGAUAUUCCAUUUAAACCUAAUCAAGAAAAAAAUGCGGAAAAACUUAGAAUAAAGUUGAACAGAGUUACACUGGCUGAUGUUCUAGAACAUGUUAACUAUAUGCACCAGUUGGUUCUACAGCCGGAGAGAUCAUACCAAUAUCAGAUAUACUUCAAAUUUCUACCAAGAGAGGCCUACGCUGAAGAUUUCUGUGUAAAACCGAAACAGAUCAUAAAAUAUGUUAGUCAGACAUUCAUUAAAUUGAUGUUUAGGGCUAUCGGUAGAUCAGCGAAAAGUAAACAUACAGUUGUUGAAAUCGGUGACAAAGAAUCUAAAGGAGAUAAUGCGCAAGACGACGAUGAUCGCGAUGUUGAAGGCACAAAUAAUGAACCAAAUGCCGAAAUAAAUGACUCUUCAGACGAUGAGCUUGCUACGGGUGAAGAUGACGCGACGGGGAUAAAAUUGAAAACUAAAAAGCAAGAUGAAUUGGAGUAUGAUGAACCCGAAGUAGAAGAAGAGCAGAUGGAUGCUGAUGGGGCCGAAGAAGAUGACGCGCUGGAUGAUCAGGACAGCAGUCAAGAGGAUCAUUCCGAAGAAAUGAAUGCAAAUGAUUUAUUCGAAUCGGUCAUGAGUAACAAAAUGGUGAAUGAUUACGAAUACGACAGAGUGAACUAUUUGUGGUGCAAAAUAACUUUCAAUCUACCUAUAAAGUAUAAGAAGAUUGAUAUUUCCAACAUAAUCAGGGAAGUUGCGAAAAAGGCAGUCAUUCACGAAGUAGAAAAUAUAAAACGAGCUAUUACGUACACAAACAAUAGUGACAUUACUCUGAAGACAGAUGGGAUCAACAUUGUUGAAAUGUUCAAAUACAAUAAAAUAUUGGAUCUAAAUCGACUCUACACAAAUGACGUCCAUGCCGUAGCUAAAACCUAUGGCAUUGAAGCAGCAGCCAGAGUUAUUGUGAAAGAAGUAAAGAAUGUGUUUCAAGUGUAUGGUAUCACGGUGAAUCCUCGCCAUUUGCUAUUGAUUGCGGAUUAUAUGACGUUUGAUGGUACAUUCAAGCCGUUGAGUCGAAAAGGAAUGGAAUAUUCGUCAUCACCACUUCAGCAAAUGUCAUUCGAAUCCUGUCUCCAAUUCUUGAAAUCAGCGACAAUACUGGGCAAAGAAGAUGAUUUGGGCUCGCCUUCGGGAAGACUUAUGGUUGGUUUACCUAUUAAAAGUGGCACAGGGGCAUUCUCACUGAUGACCAAAAUUUGUUGAAUUAAUGAAUAUUUUAAAUAUAUAACAUUGAAAGAAUACAUCUGAA